AUGUGCAGAGUGUCUCCCUGCCUUGACGGGAUUGGGGGGGCGCUGAAGUCCCCCCUCCCACCCCAGGAGCGCGGAGCUGGGGCAGGAUUGGACCCCGGGGAGAAAGGCGGCUCUGGCGGGGCGGGCGGGGGAGGCCGCUCGGAGGUUGCUCCGCCUGAUGAACUAUGGCGCUCCUGCCCCCCCCGGACCCAAAGGGCUUUUCGUGGGUAUUUCGGGGUGUGUGUCUCAGACCACAACUUUGACAGUGGCGUUUCCCGCAUUUGGGGAAGUCGCAGGGCUGUUUCCUGCGCGGUCGCAGCCUCAGCCCCCUUCCCCUUGACUCUGGUCCGGCCCCACUUGCGCCCCUCGCGGGCUCCAGCUGGAAGGGGAGGCGGGGCCGGGCGCUGUUUGCCAAAGGAGGCGGGCGGAGAGCGCGGCCCACCCAGGGAGGCAGCGGCUCCGGGCUCCAGGCUGGGGGGCCCGCCGGGAACUCCCGAGUCCGACGCUCCAGCAGCCGAGGCGAGAGGACGCAGGCAGUGCGCCCGGGCCGUCCGCACUCCCAGAGCCCGCUACUGCUGCUGCCGCCGCCGCCCUCGGGCAACCGCCUUCCUGCCACCGGACCCUGCAGGAUGGGGGCCAAGUUCCCGAGUUGCUUCCCAAGGGGGAGACGCUGGAAACGAGAGGGCAAGACCAGGCAGAAGGAGCACCCCACCGCAGCCUCCGCGGACACCCCUGAAACCACCACUCCACGGACACGCUCCACACCAUCCACCAGCAGCGAGACCGACUCCCAGAGUGGACGGGCCUACUUCAGCGGCAAAGCACGCGUCUCCUUCCGUCACCAACUGGACUCCGAGAGGGAUUCGACCAACUGAGCCCCCCACGGGCUGAAUGCGCCACUGGCCCAGGACAGGCUGAACUUUGGCCCAAUGCCCCAUGGGAGACCACUGGCAAUAAAGGGGGUCAGCAUAGCCCCCGCCCCUCCAUUGUUGACCAACAAGCAAAGCAACUCUGGCUCGUGAGUGGAGCUGCGCAUUGGACGCUGUUUGGAUGAGGAGAGGGUGGUUGUGCCAGUCAGCCCUUCUGGAGCACAGAAUAAGCGAGGGGGCAAGAAGGGUCAGGCCCAAGUGGAGGGAUGGGAAAAGCCAGAUAGUUUUCGGGGGGGGGGGGAGGCAGAAAGAAGGCUGCUAAGUUGAACUUGACUAGGUGGAGUCCAGGUGGUGGCUGUCACCUGAAGCACAGCCGAUGGAGCCUUAGGCCCUGAUCCACAGCCCAAGCAGGUGCAGACCAAUAAAAGUAGCCGCUGUUGACCCUCCUCUGGUGCAGAGCCACUUUUCUUCCACUAGACCACGAGCUGGGCUCCACCCUCCCUUCCUGCUUUUCAAACCCAUCACCAGGCCAAGCUCACUGGGGUGUGUUGGGGGGUCCAAACAGCAGAGGAGAGCCCUCUUUAUGCCACGCGAGUGGGUGGUGGGUGGGUGGGUGAGUGAGUGAGCGAGCAAGCACGCAAGCAUUGCUGACUUUGGGAGGCGCCAGCCUGCAACGCCUCCUGAGCUGGCGCUCAGCCCAGCCACUCCAGUCCAAGCAGAAGACAGGCUGGAGCAGGCACGAGGGAGGGGCUGAGUGGAAAACAACCACUCCACCCACAAAAACAGGCAGAAAAACAUUUCGCGGGGCUGGGGUUUGGGGCAUCCAGAGUCCUUUUUUCUUCCAUUGUGCCCCUGAACUCCCCCCUUUUGGAGACAGCAGGACAGGCUGGGUGCGGCUGUGCAGAUCCUGGGCGUAACCCCCUUAUCUCACCCCCACGCGCACGGUAAUCACAGGCAUGAAGAAACCACAAGGGAGCGGAGCCAGCCCUGCAGUGAGGCACCCUACCCGGGGAGGGAGACAGUAGCAGCCUCAAGGGGGGAAGGCAGGGGGGGGAAACACUGAAAGGUAAACAUUCAUGCACACACGCCCCUUCUCCCCCUCCAGAGGAGAUGGGGGGGGCUUCCUCCUCCAGCGUGCUCUGCACUUUCAUUGAACUGCAAGUCCCACAAUGCUUGGAAAAAGGUACGGCCAAGUCCUCCCCCCCCCCCCCCCCGCUGCACUCCUCUUCUCCAACCAUUGCUCCACCCAGGCUUUCCAUCCCAGCCACUCGAGAGGAAUGGGCAACACACUCCAUUUUGUGCCCCAUAUUUUAAUACAACAUCAGACCAUCUGAAAAGAGAACAAGCUACAGACUCCCUUCCCCGGCCCCUCCCACCCCACCAAAAGGCAUGGGCCCCCUCCCCAUUUUUCAGAGGGAGGAGAACCGGGGCAGAUCGUUCCCCAGAAUGACCUUGCGCUCCACCCCGUCCUUCGUGAUGGCGGCCAGGCGGAUCACUCCCCCGCUGGAGCCGUCGCGGUCCAUGGCCAGGGAGAGGGCUGGAAGGGAAGAAAGAGGAGAGUGAGGCGGGACCCCACUCACAAAACAGGGUCCUGCUGCCCCCCUUUGUGGUGUGCAGAGGGGCCCUGUCUGCCUCUGGCAGGGGCUGCCAGAGGCCUCCUUACCGUUGGCUGUGAAGGUCAAACAUUCCU